AUGGCUAUCAUCGCUGUCGCCGGAGGUGCCGGAAAGCUCGGUCGCGCAAUCGUUGAAGCGAUUGUUGAACAGGGCCAGCAUACCGUAGUGAUCCUUGCUCGAGAGGCUAAAGAUGUACAAGGAGCCAAGGUUGUCAGCGUGGACUACGCCAACACCGAUGAGCUUGCAGCCACGCUUGAGGCCAACAGUAUUGAGACUGUCAUAUCCACCAUCAACUCUAUGGACGACGUCUCUGCUGAGCUGAGCUUGAUCAAAGCAGCUGAGAAGUCGGGAUCUACCAAGCGAUACAUCCCUAGCAUCUGGGGUAUUAAAAACAACGAAGAGAUCGCAUCUUACUUCCCCAUCGCUCGGGCCAAGCUUAAUGUCAUUGCUGCUUUGGAAGCAACCUCGAGCCUCGAGUAUACCACUGUGUACGUCGGCUACUUUUCUGACUACUGGGUACUCCCCAAGGUCAAGUCUUACCAAAGCCCUCUCGCUCUGGUAGUCGACAUCGAGAACAAUUUCGCCGCCAUUCCCGGGUCUGGCAAUGAGCUCGUGACUUUUACCCACACUUUUGACGUCGCUCGCUUUGUCGCAGUACUCGUCGGGGCGUCCAAGUGGGACAAGGAAUCCUACAUCAUUGGGGACAAGGUUUCGUGGAACCAAUUCGUGCAAUACGCUGAAGAGGCCAAGGGUGUCAAGUUCACCGUCAAGCACGACUCGAUUGAGGACCUCAAGGCCGGUAAGAUCACGGAACUCCCUUCUCACGUGUACAUGUAUCCCUUCUUCCCCAAGCCGAUGCUGCAGGGCCUUUUUGCAGCUUUUGGCCGCAUGUUUAUUGAGGGGGCGUUUGACCUUAAGCCUGAGCGUACGCUCAAUGAGUCAUUCCCUGAAAUCAAGGCGCGAAAGAUCAAGGACCUUCUCUUUGAAGCUUGGGGGCAAUGCUUGAAUCGCAAGACGACGUGUCAUUAUGGCGAGCGAAAAGGAAGAGGGCGUGGCAAAAGCAAGCAGUACAUUACAACACUUGAGCAACGACUAAAGAAUGUCGAAGUCGCACUGCAAGCCGUCCCUACAGUCAGUCAUGAUUCAAGUCAGGUUUCUACAGAUGCCGGACACCCUCAUGAGGUAACGCCUGGCCAUGGGACGUCAACAACCGAUGAAACUCAAUCUCUACCGUCGAGAUGGCCAGAAGAGGUCACCAGAAAGAUAAUCGACGCUCAGAAAAACAAUAUCAACCUCGAGCGAAAAGUAUUCGUCCCGCUCCCCCCAAAAGAGCACAUUUUACACUUUAUAUCCAACUCCCUGGCAGACGUGUACGAAGCACAGGCACUCUUCAGCUCCGACGAUGUUCUCAAGGUCAUCAAUGACCAGUACUCAGCCGGGCCAUCAAAUUGUCACGCGAACCCUACUCGCUGGGCAACGCUCAACGCUCUCAUUGCCACAGGCAUUCAUUGGAAGGCCGACAACAAAGCAAUAAAAGAAAUGUUCCCUGUUUCGUGGUCAUACUUUAAAAAUGCCUUUGCUAUUUUCCCAGAGAUCGUCAUGAACGGUGGCGGCAUCGACGAGUGUCAAGCGAUGAUUGCUAUGGCUUUGUUUAUGAGGGGGACUGCUGACUCCCGCGCAUUAACUGCGCUAUUAUCGGCGGCGGCGCAUGCCGGCCACUGUAUUGGUUUGGGCUUGGAAGGUCUUGAUGGAUCAAAUGACUUGAUCGGCGAGGAAAGGCGUAAGAGGUCAUUUUGGACUUUAUACGUGCUUCGAUGCAAUGCGUCGCUGAACCUUAACCUCCCCGCCCCAUCUGAUGAAGUGAGUGUCGAGCUUCCGUCACAGGGUCUCAUAACAGAUGAUAGUUCCAGCAUACAUCUCCUAAGGUCUAUGUCAACGCUGGCACAGAUCCAGUCGAGAAUAAGCCGAUGUUGUCGUCCUGGUUCAUCACUGUCGAAGAGUAGUGAUGAAAUGAUCCAGGCUCUUGCUGAAAUAGACACAGAUCUGGAAUCAUGGAGGACAGGGCUGCCGACAGAAGUCCAGGCUAGAGGAUUGAUCCAAGUGGACAAUCUUGGCAUCAUACAACUCCACUUCGCCUACUACGCUUCUACUUGGAAAAUCUAUGCGGCUAUCGGGAAGCUCUAUGAUGUCCCUCUCACGUCGAUCGAACGAGAACAUCCAAACCUGCAUCUGAUACUUCAUGAUCAUGAAGACUCAGAGGUGUCUCUGAACGUCGAAUGGAUUGGACAAUUCGUUGCUUUUCUGCAGACUUUCCAACACCGAGAAGGAUGCAAUCUGAGUGGCCUCAUCGAAUUUUGCUCCAAGCUGUACGAUAUCGCAUCGUUUGCACAACGCAAUCCAACAGACGUGGUGAACGACGGUGAAGAUGACGCAGGGGCAUUACAGGGGCAGUAUACAGGCCUCCUUACCAACAUGCCGCUUCUAGGCAAGAAGGCAAUGGAAGUGUUCCACGACAUAGUAGCAGAGACCAGGGAAGAUGGAUUCACGCCGCUUGUGCCCAAUGUACUCAAACCUAGCUCUUUCAACUUCUUUGGUUACAGUAAAGCCGCUACAGAGCACUAG